ACACAGACAUCUGGCAAUAAUUGGAGUAGGGGGAGGGAGGGAGAGAGAUCUGUUUACAAAAGGGAACAAAACUAAUUCUGAACUAACAUGUAAGUGUCAGAAUUGGGGAUGGGGACAACUGGAGAAAGCAUGCAGACACACUCUACCAGUUACGAAUAAUAUAGAAGAGUAGAAGAAGAAGAUAAAGCCUAGAUCACAGUACAAUACAAAGGAGAUCUGAAAGCAAAGAUCAAACCCAGGGAUUGAAGGAAGCAGUAGUUACAAAGACGAGCUUGGACAAGACAAGACAACUGACCCUCAUCCUCAGGAUGUCGGUGUCUCAGAGGUGUUUGUGCUGUGUCAAAUAUUUGAUGUUUGUCUUAAACCUUAUCUUCUGGCUAGGAGGAUGUGGUCUAUUUGGAGUUGGAGUAUGGCUGUCCUUCACACAGGCAGAGUUUUCCUCUCUUCCUCUGUCCUUUCCAUCCCUCUCAGCUGCCAAUCUGCUGCUAGUUGCUGGUGGCAUAACCAUGGUCACUGGCUUCCUGGGUUGUCUUGGAGCCCUUAAGGAGCAGCGCUGCCUGUUGUUCAUGUUCUUUGUGAUCCUUUUGCUCCUUGUCCUGACGGAGGUGACUGUAGUGUUGGUUUUACACAUCUUCCAUGACAAGCUGGAUUCCAAAGCACAACAUGAAUUAAAGGAAGGUAUGAAGAUUUAUAAAUCAAAACCUGGACUGAAAAAAUCCUGGGACAAUGUGCAGAUAAUGUUCAAAUGCUGUGGAGUAACAAACAAAACAGACUGGUAUGAUGUGCUGAAUGGAACGCUACCCUCAUCCUGCUGCUCUGUUGGGAUGGACAAAUGCAUUGACGGAUGGAGUGAGCCGUGCUAUCAGAAGGCCAGGCAGUGGCUGCUAAUUAACAUCCCCUCAGUCCUGGUGUUUGGAGUCUGUAUUGGUGUUGUACAGAUUUUGGCUCUGGGGUUCUCCAUGAUGAUGUACUAUCAAAUUCUGUGUGCAGAGAAGCACUUGGACUAAGUGCAGACCAGAUGUACGCUGUCCUUUAUUAUCACAAUCUCCUCAAGGAUCUAAAUUUGGGUUUCAAAUUCCCUGUAGGAUUCCCCUCAAAGCCAACAUGUAAUAGACAUGGGGCAGUAUAAAUAUAGAAAGCAACAGACUGUGGAAGAAGAAAAUGAUGAGCAAUGCUGGUUGUCUUUAUACCAGUCAUAUGAAUUUAAUAUCAUGCACUUCAACAUUGCUCAACAAUGAUGUUUUGUUUUAUCUGUGGCAUCCUUCAGCUGCCAGUCAUAACAAGUCACAAUUACAUACAAUUGCAAUCAGAAAUAUUCAACCUCCUCACCUCAAAAGACAUUAUAGUGAUGUGGAUGGUAAAUGGUAAAUGGCUUUGUAUAUAUAGCGCUUUUCUAGUCUUGAUGACCACUCAAAGCGCUUUACAGUACAGCUCUACAUUCACCCAUUCACACACAUAUUCAUACAGUGCAUCUAUUCGCAGCACUUAGUUAUUCUAUGUGGGGCCAUUCGGGGUUCAGCAUCUUGCCCAAGGACACUUCGGCAUGCAGAUGGGUCAGACUGGGGAUCGAACUGCCGACCUUCAGGUUGGAGGAUGACCACUCUACCCCUCAGCCACAGCCGCCCACAUAUAUGAAUGAAAGAUAAUGACAUUAAAUAACAAAAAACCUCAUUAAACAACAAAAAAUAUUUAUUGAUACAUAUUUAAGUUAGUUUGACAACAGAAGUUGACUUAACUUUAAACUUUCAAAUGAAAAAUGUAACUCUUUUAACACAUGUCCAUGUGCAGUAUUAUUCAACCACCAGCUUCAGUAGUUUCUGGUGCAUCCUCUAGCUUUUAUAACUUCUAACAAACGUUUCCAGUAAGUGCUGACAAGAUUCUUACACCUCUCGAUCGGAAUCUUUGCCCAUUCUUCACGUGCAAAAGCCUAUAGCUCAGUAAUGUUUGAUGGCUUCCGUGCUGCAACUGCCUUCUUUAAAUCCCACCAAAUAUUUUCAAUCGGAUUUUAAUCUAGUGACUGAGAAGGCCACUCCAGGACGUUCCAGGAUAUUUUUCUCAACCAAGCUUUGGUUGACUGGGAGGUGUGCUUGGGAUCAUUGCCUUGCUGGAAAGUCCAAUGAUCACCAAGGUUUAAUUUGUCAACAGAAGGCAUCACAUUCCUCUUUAAAAAUUGGCUUUUUAAAAACAACAAUAUUUUAUAGGGGUUGAAUAAUUGUGACAUUGCUAUCUUAACAAAAAAUUUCUGUUACAUACAAAUACUAUGUAAUGCAUUUUCUGUGUUGAUUUGAUGUAUCACUCAACUCAUAAAUAGGUCAUCCGAAGCAGAAUUUUGCUCUCUGAAAAAACUUUAAUUGAUAAAUCCUUAAAAUCUUUGGGAGGUUAGGGUUGAAUAUUUCUGAUUGCAACUGUAAAUGCAUUGCUCCUCCAGGGAAAUGCUGGCUCCUAUGUCCUCUUAAAACUUAAAAAACACACAUCUGCCUCUUCUUGUUUUACAGCAUCUUGUUUAUUUUUUAGGACAUGCUAUAAGAUUAACCUGAUCAUUUACCCCAACCGCAUGUCAAGAGAGAAAGAGAGUAAAUCUGAAUCAUCUGGUUGUGUGUUGGGCAACCAUUAUGAUGGAGUAAAACAAAACAGACAGAGAGAAAUCAUUGAAAGAACAGAAAAUAGUCUAUGGAGCACUUUGUUAAUAAUUUCAGGACUUGCAUCUUAUGCACUUUGAAUGUUUCUGCUUGAGUGACUCUACAGCCACUCUUAUUUCAAUCUAAUUUAUCUAACCACUAUACUUUAUUGUCCGUAUUUACCAUAUACGUCUAUCGAACCUUAUCUUUUUCAUUGGAGCAUAUACAUAUAGAUUAUCUGUUAAGGCUCAAAAGCUAGAUAUGGCAGUAGUAUACUAAUGUAGACUAGUAACAAUGUUGCAUGCCUGUUCAAAAUGUGCAUAGCACACUGACAAAAAAUAGCCAGAAUGGAUUGGCACUUCCUAUCAGUGGAAUUAUUCAGGCUGGCCCUGUCUUUUUGUGAACUAAAUUGGCUGUUUUAUGGCUUAAAGGCUUAAAAAUGACUGUAGCCACUGCCUGGAGAAGCUUUUUCUCUGUGCCACUAGCAAAAAGGGAUAAAUAUAGAGAAGGAUUCAGCUGCACUGACUUGCAUGUUCAUUCUUUGUGAUCAACACAGACCCAUCAAAAAACUAUGCCAUGAAUAGGUCUGUAUUUACUGAUUUUGCUUUAUUUUGAUUAAUAAAUGUUCCAAAAAAUAAAGGAACAUAUCAAUGCA